AUGGACAUGCUCAUGAAGAGCGAGUUGGGCCUGCAAGACAAAGACCCCCGGGUUCUGUGGGAGGAGGACCUCCAGCUUGCGACCUCCAUCCUUCAAAUCCUCAUCCCGCAAUCCAAUCUUGGAAAAUCGGAAAUCAAAAAAUCGCUCACAUCAAGAAAGCUCAACGUGAAGGAUCCCUUUCCGAGUCAGAGGAAACGUAAGAUGCCAGUUCGGCGUGCCCCGUUGCAGACUCAAAUCGAGUCGCAGAUAGAUACCGACGUGGAAGAGGAUUUCAUGCCAGAGACGAAAGGCAGCUUGGAAAAGCAUGUUUUCGUCAAAGCUGGAAGGAAAAGAGCAAACUUGAAGUCUGCAGAGGAGCCGGAAGAAAAGAAUUGGGAGCGUCUUUUCCGGGCGAUAUACUAUUAUAUGCGCGAGAUGCUCAAGGAGCAAAUUCAAAAGCGCAAUAAUCUCCGGUACUGGUCCUCAGAGUUCGCUAUCAGUCCUUUUCCGGACGCCACCGAUUCGUGGAAGUCUGGUCUUGUCCUCCUGGACUACAAGCUCCGAAAGUUAGACUCCUCCGAAAAGUCCUGGAAGGACGUCCUCACAGGAAUCGAGAUCACCCAAUCUGAUCUUUCCAGCGAUCGCAAAAUCCUUUGUUCUUGGGCAUCGUUACCAAGGGUUAUCUGA